AUGCCCGAAGACAAAAAGGAGGAUGACUCUAAACGAGGAAAAAAGGAGAGUGCUGACGGAGAAGACAAUGGACCUGUAGUCGUUCCUGUAGAUUCUCGAGUUAUGUGGUUUGAAGAUAAAGUAUGCAAUAGUCUCAAAAUCAAGAACGACAAGUGGAAAAAACUCAUUUCUGUAAACGAAAAUGUUGCAACUAUAUAUACGUUUCUGGACAAAGACUGUACAACCAUUUUGUUUUAUCUUAACCAAAAAGAAGAACUUAUUCCUUUAAUUAAUUUUCCCGCGCAGUUGAAACGCCGCUCUGUAUACUUUCUCAAGAAAAAGCCUGGUGCUCAGAUCGUUGAGAAACUCGAUACAGAGCUCAUAACUGGCGAUAUUUCAGCCAAUCCACUUGAAUUUCUUUCAACCGUUUUGGAAGAAGUCUAUUUGCCCCUUCUCACUAAUCCUAAAAAUUUAGAAACUUGGCCAGAAGUUGUCAGUAACGACGUGCUUCGUCAUUUUCAUCAGCUCAAUGGUGCCGUAUAUGUCAUUUCUGGAAAAUCAAAGGGAAAAACUAUGCUACCGCUUCCUCACGGUGCCAAAUUGAUGAAUGAGAGUGACAAGAGCAUUCUGCAUACUUUAGAGUCUUCAGUCAUUGAUUGGACUCACCAAAUCAAAGAAGUGAUCAAGAGUAGCUCGUCUGCUGCUCUCGAUCAAGGCGUCAAUCCUGGACCAAUGGUGGAAAUUGACUUUUGGGCUACAAAAGCUGCAAACCUUAAAUCCAUUCAUCAGCAGCUAACUGACGAAAAGAUUCAAAAAAUUGCAAAGGUAUUGCAAUUAAGCAAGAGUACCUAUUUUCCUGCAUUUCAGUGGAUUUUUGACGAGGUUGUGUUUGCAUUGGAGGAAGCCAGUGAUAUCAACGUUUAUCUCAAGGCACUUCGGCCUCAAAUUGAGCGUUUGGCUGGUGCCAAUGAAAUUGCUGAGCUGUCACAAAUUUUUCCAGGACUUAUGCACACACUCCUUCUUAUUUGGAAAUCAUCAAAGCACUAUAAUACCCCUAAUCGCAUGAGCGUUGUGCUUCAAGAGAUCUGCAAUGAUAUUAUUGAGCAAGCACGCAACUUUAUCCAACCAUCAGAACUGUUUAGUGCUGAGCCUGAAGAGGCAGCGGAGCGUUUACGUCUAGUUUUGCGUGUUUGCGAUUCCUUCAAAAGCACUUAUUUUGAAGGAAAGGCAACUACUAUGGAGUCUAGCCGUCCAUGGAAUUUUGACUCGCGUCUUUUGUUUGGUCGUCUGGACAAAUUUCUCGUUCGAGUCCAGCAUAUUCUUGAGCUUUUUGAAAUCAUUAUUGAAUUCAACCGUCUUGAGAAAAUUGAGAUUGGCGGCACCAAGGGAAAGAUUCUCAGCUUUCAAGUUGUUCAGAUAUUUACAGAAUUUGUCACUGCUCUUAGUAGCUUUGGUAAACUCAAGUAUGAUGUUUUGGAUAUUUCUCUCCACCAAUUUGAUGCCGAUCGCAACAAGUUUCACGAGAAAAUAACUGAUCUUGACCGUCGCAUUGGAACAAUUCUGUGUCAGGCAUUCGAUGACUGUUCCGGUCUAUACUCUUGUUUCCGUCUUUUAGAGUCGUUUUCUGGUCUUUUAAAUCGCAAUAAUAUCCAGAAAGACUUUGAACAAAAAUACUUUGAGCUUUUAAACAUGUACUCGCAAGAUUUGGACGAUGUAUCUGCUAUAUUUUUGCGAUACAAGAACCGACCGCCCAUUCACUAUAAUAUGGCGCCAGUAACUGGAACUGUCUCAUGGAUUCAUGAGCUCAAAGACCGUAUUACCAAAGCUAUGGACAAACUCAAGACAUUAAACCAUUCUGUAAUGAACACAGAAGAGGCCAGCAUUGUUAAAAACAAGUAUAGCGAACUUCUUACAGCACUUGAUGCUUUUGAACUCAAUGUGUUUAACGUAUGGAAAGAAACGAUUAUUGAUGAAUCAGAGGCUAAUCUCAACAAACCUGUGCUUAUUCGCGAAGGUUCACUUUUAAAAGUCAAUUUUGAUCCCAAGGUGGUUGCAUUGCUUCGUGAAGUCAGAUACUUUGGUGCGCUUGCUGUUCAACCACCACCCGCUGCUAUUGAAAUCUAUUCCAAAGCCGACACAUUCCGUAAAUACAUUUUUUCGCUUGAAAGCAUUGUAGACAUGUACAAUGGUAUUCGCAGCGGGGUACUUGAUGUUGAGCGUCCUCUCAUUGAAACCAAAAUCCAAGAGAUUGAUGCGCAAAUUGAACAAGGUGUUUCAUCUUUAAACUGGAAAUCCACAAAUAUUGAUGUGUAUAUUUCCGAAAUUUCUGCCACAGUGGGAAAUCUGUCGUCUAUUCUGCAAGCCAUGAAGAACAAUAUGAAUCAGAUUUCCAAGAUUCUCAAACAAUGGUCUGCUUCGCCACUUAUUGAGAGAAAAGAUGGAAAAAAAUUGCUUAAUCUUGAAGAAAAAGACGCCAAGUUUGGCAUUAUUAUUGAUACAUUUAAAAAAGAUGGUCAAAUUAUUAUUGGUCUGGUGGAGGAUACUCGUGCUCUUGUCGAGGCCGAAUCUACUGCAGAGAAAUGGGUCAAUUAUCUUGAAUUCGUUGACAAUAUUGUUCAAAAAGGAUUUUGGGCCACUAUCAAGGCAAGCAUGGAGUAUAUUCUGCAAAACACUGAAAAGGAUCGUGCAUCUGAAAUAGGACCACUUCUUGAAGCAAAGCUAGAGUUGGAAAACGAAAUGCUAGUUUUUACUCCAAGCAUGGACGAAGACUCUGAUGAGGGGCUACUAUCAAUCAUGGAAUGUGUUAUUGACGAUAUUUUUGAUGUAUCGUCACUUAUGCCGCGUGUUGCUCCUAUUGCAAAACCGAUUUCUCACAAUGCUCACAAGGUAGAAGCUAUGCCGGUGGAAAAUAAUGCACCAGUUUCCAGCAGCGAUGAUCCGUCUGAAUCACAAGAGUCAACAAGCGAGCGAGAGAAAAAAUUGAUUCUUGAAGCAGCCGAAAAUGAGUCUUACCUCGGUGAGAUGCGUCGAGAUGAGACCUUGGAUAAUUUGCGCGUAAGCAUUUUGGAUCGUGUAAAGGGUAUCAUUGAAAACUGUGCCCAAUACAAGGAUAGCUACGAGCAAUACACCUAUUUGUGGACAGAGAACCGCCAAGAAUACAUGAAACAAUUUCUUGAAAUUUCCGACAAAGGCGAAACCAACGAAGGUGAUGCAUCUCCAGCUGAUGAUGGUGAGCAGCCAAUUCAAUUGGAAAAUUUUGAAGCCGAGAUUCGUAAGUUUGAAGCUAUCCACAAAGCAGUCAUGGGAAUUGAGCCAGAGGUGAUUUUCCAGUACUGGUUCAGAGUGGAUGUCCGACCUCUUAAACAGGCUCUUAAUGUGGUCGUCAAAAAAUGGAGUUACACUCUCACAAAACAUUUGUCUGACGAUACUGUUUCUACCCUCAAUGAGCUCAAUCGGUUUAUCAGGCUUAACAAAAAGGGCCUUCAAGAUAAAAUUGAUGAAGGAGACUACGACGGUCUUGUUUCUGUAAUGGGACUAUUGCAUGCUGUCAAGCAUCGUACAACCAACAUUGAUAAAAUGUUUGAGCCAUUGCGCAAGACUGUCAAUCUUUUACGACAAUUUGGUGUAGAGUUGCCCGAGGAAAUUCACAAGCUGCUCAAUGAUCUUCCUGAAGAAUGGUCCGAAGUUAAAAAACUGUCGGUUUCCAUCAAAGACCAUGUUGCGCCACUUCAAGCCAAAGAGGUGGAUAUACUUCAGCAAAAAUGCAAUCGAUUUGAGAUGAAAAACCAUAAUUUCCGCGAAGAAUUUCGCAAAAAAGCUCCAUUCAAGUUUGAGGUUGGACCUGACCGAGCAUACGAGGUUGUGGAUGCUGUCCAUUCUGAUGUUCUCAUAAUGGAGACUGAGGCAAGUGCCUUGAAAAAGUCGUGUGAACUGUUUGAACUUAACGUACCCACUUACCGUCAGCUGUCAGAAUGUCGUCGAGAUAUUGGCAUGCUCAAAAGUAUUUGGGAUCUUGUUUCAUUGGUGACGUACAUGUUUGGCCAAUGGAAGACAACUUUAUGGACAGAAAUUGACACAGAUUCAAUGGAAAAUCGGUGCCGCGACUUGUCCAAAGAACUUCGUCGUAUGGAUAAAGAAAUUAAAGGUUGGGAUGUUUAUUCAGGUCUUGAUCAAAUGGUCAAGGAUAUGAUUACUAGUUUGCGGGCAGUGGGUGAGCUUCGAAGCAGUGCUAUUCGUGAUAGACAUUGGAAGCAGCUCAUGAAAACCACUGGUGUCACAUUUGUUUUGACCAAGGAUAUGAAGUUUCAAGAUCUACUCAGCCUACAAUUGCACAAAUACGAGGAUAAUGUCAAGGUUAUUGUCGAUCGUGCCACAAAGGAGCUUGCCAUGGAGAAAGUACUCAACGACCUUGACAAAACCUGGACUACAAUGGAAUUUACCUAUGAGAUUCAUGAUUCUACAAAAACGCCGCUUCUUCGUAGCUCUGAGGAGCUAAUUGAAACUUUGGAGGACAACCAAGUGAUGCUACAAACUAUGAUGACAUCCAAAUAUGUUGCUCAUUUUGAAGAGCAAAUCACCAAAUGGCAGAUUGCCUUGUCAACGGUUGAUUCUGUUAUCACGCUUUGGCUUGAGGUUCAACAAACAUGGUCACAUCUGGAGAACAUUUUCAUGGGAUCUGAAGAUAUUCGCGCACAACUACCUGAAGAUUCUCGCCGGUUUGAUAGCAUUGAUGCCAGCUACAAAACACUCAUGAACGAAUCACAAAAUACUCCAAAUUGUGUCAAAGCGUGCACCAAAGAAGGUCUUUUUGAAAAACUCGAGCAUCUGCAAGGUCAGCUUGCACUUUGUGAAAAGUCACUUGCUGAGUAUCUUGAAACAAAACGUCUUGCAUUUCCUCGAUUUUAUUUCGUAUCUGCAUCAGACUUGCUGGACAUUUUGGCCAAGGGAAAUAUUCCACAAGCAGUUGCAGUUCAUCUUCCCAAGCUUUUUGACAGUAUAUCUCAGCUGGAAUUCCACAAGACUGGAAACGGAGAUGUAACCAAGACCGUAGUAGGCAUGUACUCUCGUGAAGACGAAUAUGUACCGUUUGUCGGCAAGUGUGAGUGCACUGGAGCAGUAGAAAUGUGGCUUAACCGACUUGUAGAUAAUAUGAGAUCAACGUUGAAACAAUUGAUGGGAGAGGCCGUUGCAUCUUAUGAAGAAAAGCCUCGCGAACAGUGGGUUUUUGAUCAUCCAGCCCAAAUCACGCUUGCUGGCACGCAGAUUUGGUGGACCACCGAAGUCAAUACUGCUUUUAGUCGUCUUGAGGAGGGAUAUGAAAACUCCUUGAAAGAUUACUACAAAAAGCAGGUAAAUCAACUGACUGCGCUUAUUGGUCUUAUUCAGGGUGAGCUUCCUCGUGGUCAUCGUCAAAUGAUUAUGACUGUAUGCACGCUUGACGUGCACGCUCGUGAUAUUGUUGCCAAGCUGAUUUCUGAAAAGGCCGAAAAUGCGCAAUGCUUUAGCUGGCAGUCUCAAUUGCGUUUGAGAUGGGAUGAUGUUGACCAAAACGAUUGUUUUAUCAAUAUCUGUGAUGCUGGAUUCAAAUACAACUACGAAUACUUGGGCAACACACCACGUUUGGUUAUUACAGCUCUUACUGAUCGUUGCUAUAUUACUCUGACUCAGUCGCUACAUCUCAUUAUGGGAGGAGCUCCUGCCGGACCUGCAGGUACAGGUAAAACAGAAACCGUUAAAGAUCUGGGUAAAGCACUUGCAAUCAUGGUAUACGUUUUUAAUUGCUCUGAGCAAAUGGACUACAAGUCUAUUGGAAAUAUCUUUAAAGGACUGGCCCAGUCUGGUGCCUGGGGAUGCUUUGAUGAGUUUAAUCGUAUUUCUGUGGAAGUACUGUCGGUCGUUGCUACUCAAGUCAAGUCAAUCCAAGACGCUCUCCGCGCCAAGAAAAAACGAUUUAUUUUCCAAGGAGAAGAAAUUGGUUUGAUACGUACUGUUGGUGAAUUUAUUACCAUGAAUCCUGGCUACGCUGGACGUACCGAGCUUCCCGAAAAUAUAAAGGCACUGUUUCGACCUUGCUCAAUGGUUGUUCCCAAUCUGGAGCUUAUUUGUGAAAUCAUGCUUAUGGCUGAAGGAUUUAUUGAAGCCAGUUCUUUAGCACGCAAGUUUAACACUCUCUACAAACUAAAUCGCGAGCUUUUGUCGAAACAAGAUCAUUAUGAUUGGGGUCUCCGUGCUAUCAAAUCUGUGUUGGUUGUUGCCGGCACCCUGAAACGUGCCGACCCCAACGUUCCAGAAGAGCAUGUGCUCAUGAGAGCGCUCCGUGAUUUCAACUUGCCAAAGAUUGUCACAGAUGAUCUGCAAGUAUUCCAUGGUCUUAUUGGGGAUCUAUUUCCUAAAGUGGAGGUUCUCCGAAAGCGCAAUGAAAAGCUAGAGGAAGAGAUUCGCAAAGCCACUGUCGAGAAUGGACUACAGGCCGAAGACAUUUUUGUGCUCAAAAUUGUACAGCUUGAGGAACUCAUGGCUGUGCGUCAUUGUGUGUUUAUUAUUGGAAACAGUGGCACAGGAAAAUCUCAGAUUUGGAAGAUGCUUGCCAAAACCUAUGUCAAUAUGGGGAAAAAAUGCACCACAUCCGAUCUCAAUCCCAAAGCAGUCAACACAGAUGAUCUUUUUGGCUGCAUUAAUCCAUCUACUCGUGAAUGGAAAGAUGGUUUAUUUUCUUGCAUUUUGCGUGAAAUGGCUAAUGCUCCAGGUACUGAUCCCAAAUGGAUGAUCCUGGAUGGUGAUAUUGAUCCCAACUGGAUUGAGUCACUCAACACUGUUAUGGACGACAACAAAAUGCUUACACUUGCCAGUAACGAGCGUAUUCCUUUAAAGAACCACAUGCGUCUUGUUUUUGAAAUUGGCAAUCUUAAAUAUGCCACACCUGCCACUGUGUCGCGUGCUGGUAUUUUAUAUCUUAAUACGACCGAUCUUGGAUGGAAUCCAUAUGUCCAGUCUUGGCUAGAAAAGCGAGAGGAUGCAGCUGAACGUUCCAAUCUAUCAGUUCUUUUUGAUCGAUAUGUCAAUCCCUGUCUUGAAGUUUGCCGCUCAGGCAGAUUUAAGAUGGCAAAUGUAGAAGAGUUUUCCAUGGUGGUUGCACUGUGUAAUAUCCUGGAGGGUUUGUUGGUUCCAGCCAAUACACCUAGAGGAUGCGACAAGGAAUGGUUUGAGCUUUAUUUUGUAUUUGCGGCAGUCUGGGCUUUUGGUGGAUGUGUGUUUCAAGAUCAAAUGGUUGACUACCGCAACGAAUUUAGCAAAUGGUGGAAUUCAGAAUUCAAGGUUGUCAAAUUUCCUCCAUCUGGAACUGUGUUUGAUUACUACAUUGAUACCGACUCCAAGCGUUUUCUUUCAUGGACUGACCGGGUUCCUCAGUAUGAGUACGAUAUUGACAUGCCUUUACAAGCCGUACUUGUUCAUACCCAGGAAACCACACGAAUUCGCUAUUUCCUGGAUCUUUUGGCAGACAAUGGCAAACCCGUAUUGCUGAUUGGCAAUGCAGGCUGUGGUAAAACCGUGUUAAUGCAAGACAAGCUUAAUUCGUACAGUGAUGAUCGUUUGAUUGUAAAUGUUCCAUUUAAUUUUUACACUACUGCAUGGUCGCUCCAAUCAGUUCUUGAAAAGCCAUUGGAGAAAAAAGCUGGUCGCAACUAUGGCCCACCAGGAAAUAAAAAGAUUAUAUACUUUUUAGACGAUCUCAACAUGCCCGAGGUUGACAAGUACGGUACCGCAAGUCCACAUACCUUGCUUCGCCAGUUUUUGGACUACAAGCAUUGGUACGAUCGUACCAAGCUAACACUCAAGGAGAUUCAUAACUGUCAAUAUGUUGCGUGCAUGAAUCCCACGGCCGGAUCCUUUACAAUUGAUCCACGUCUUCAGCGCCAUUUUGCUUGCUUUACCGUCAAUUUCCCCGGCGUGGAAUCUCUGCAAAGUAUCUAUCUUCAGAUUCUGGGAGGUCAUCUCAAGCUCUUCCCUGCCUCCCUACAGCGUAUUUCCGAGCGUAUUGUCACCGCGUCACUUCUUCUUCACAAAAAGGUAGCAUCGACGUUCUUGCCUACUGCUGUAAAGUUUCACUAUGUGUUCAACUUGAGAGACUUGAGCAACAUUUUCCAAGGUAUUCUUUUUUCGACAAAAGAAAAAAUUAAAGAGCCAAUUGAACUUGUCCAGCUCUUUAUUCAUGAAACGUCCCGUACAUACGGUGAUAAAAUGAUUGACGAUGCUGAUCGGCAACAGCUUGUUAAAAUUCAAGAGGAGAUUAUUAAAAAAAACUUUGAGGAUAUGGAUCAGGGAUCUCUCAAGGCCGAGCCCAAUAUUUUUGCACACUUUGCAGGUGGUAUGGGUGAGCCUAAAUACGCUCAAAUCAAGGAUUGGAUACAGUUGCGCAAAGUCUUGGAUGAAGCGCAGCUCCAAUAUGAGGAAGUCAAUGCAGCCAUGAAUCUGGUGCUUUUUGAAGAUGCUAUGAGCCACAUUUGCCGCAUCAAUCGUAUUCUUGAAUCUCCUCGUGGAAAUGCUUUGCUUGUUGGUGUUGGUGGUUCAGGAAAGCAGUCACUAUCUCGACUUGCAGCAUUUAUUUCUCAAAUGGAAGUAUUCCAAAUCACAUUGCGUAAAGGAUACUCUAUUUCGGAUCUUAAAAUAGACUUGGCGGGCCUGUAUAUCAAGACAGGACAAAAGAAGAUGCAAAUUAUGUUUUUGCUGACUGAUUCUCAAAUCGCGGAUGAAAAGUUUUUAGUGCUCAUCAAUGAUUUAUUGGCUUCUGGCAAUAUUCCCGGUUUGUUCCCUGAUGAAGAAGUUGAUGGUAUAAUCAACUCUAUGCGCGGUGAGGCUAAAGCACAAGGAUUGGUAGAUACUCGUGAAUCCUGUUGGGACAUUUUCAUUCGUCUUGUGCGUCGUAAUCUCAAGGUUGUACUUUGCUUUUCACCUGUUGGAAACUCAUUGCGAUCCAGAUGCAGAAAAUUCCCUGCGAUUGUCAAUUGUACAAUGAUUGAUUGGUUCCAGGAGUGGCCAGAAGAGGCUUUGACAUCGGUUGCAAAUCGCUUCAUCUCUGCGUUUGAUUUAGUUUCUGAGCCUCUCAAAAAACCUGUCACCAAGUUUAUGUCGUUUGCCCAUGUGGGUGUCAAUGCUGUAUCAAGAAAAUAUCUUCUCAACGAAAAACGAUACAAUUACACUACUCCAAAAUCAUUCCUUGCUCUUAUAUCACUGUACAAGGAGAUGCUUGAAAAAAAGGCUUUAGAAUUGACAAAAAGCAUGGAUCGUUUGGAGAAUGGCUUGACUAAACUUCAAGCAACAGCUGGACAAGUGGAUGAUCUUAAAGCCAAACUUGCCACUCAAGAGGUAGAGCUCAAGUCUAAAAACGAGGAAGCUAAUCGUUUGAUUGAGCGUGUUGCCAUUGACACAGAAAAGGUAAACAAAGAAAAGGCGAUUGCUGCCGAGGAAGAAAAAAAGGUGGAUGCCAUUACCAAGGAAGUUGGGGAAAAACAAACUGCUUGUAUGCGUGAUCUCAGUGCUGCCGAGCCGGCACUUGCUGCUGCUGCCAAUGCUUUAAACUCACUCAACAAGGCCAAUUUGACUGAACUUAAAUCGUUUGGUUCACCCUCGGAUGAAGUCAAAAAUGUUGCUGCUGCUGUCAUGGUGCUUCUGAGUCCUCCAGGUAAAAUUGCAAAGGACAGAUCAUGGAAGGCAUCUAAAAACAUGAUGGCCAAAGUCGACGCGUUUCUUGAAUCUCUCAUCAAUUUUAACAAGGAAGCCAUUGAUCAAUCCAAUCUGGAUGCAAUUCAGCCUUAUUUGCAAGAUCCCAACUUUAACGAAGAGUUUAUGAAGAGCAAAUCUCUCGCUGCUGCUAGUCUUUGCGCAUGGGUAGUCAACAUUGUUAUGUACUACCAUGUGUAUUGUGAUGUUGAGCCUAAAAGAAAAGCACUAGAGUCGGCAAAUGCCGAGUUACAGUCUUCUCAGGUCCGUCUUCGUGAUAUUCAAUCCAAGAUCGGAGAACUUGAUCGCAACUUGGGUGAUUUACGCGCCAAGUUUGAAAAGGCAACUGCUGAUAAGCUCAAGUGUGAGGAAGAAGCAAAGAGUACCCAAGAAACCAUUGUUUUGGCCAACCGCCUUGUCAAUGGUCUUGCUUCAGAAAAAGUACGUUGGAGUGAAGCAGUCGGGCGAUUUAAACAGCAGGAAAAAACUAUUGCUGGAGAUGUACUGGUUUCCGCUGCAUUUGUUUCGUAUGUAGGUUGUUUCAGUAAGCGCUAUCGUGAAGAGCUGCUCAAUGACAAUUGGCUAAAGUAUCUGCGUGACGAAAACAAUGAGCUACGAGUUCCUUUAUCUGAAGGUGUAGAUCCACUAAGUAUUUUGACCAACAGUGCCGAGAUUGCCAAAUGGAAUAACGAGGGCUUGCCUACUGAUCGUGUUUCUCUUGAAAACGCCACAAUGGUAACUAGCUGUAAGCGCUGGCCUCUUAUUAUUGAUCCCCAGCUGCAAGGUGUGACUUGGAUCAAGACUCGUGAAGGAGCUAACCUCAAGGUUGUUCGUCUUGGUGCUCGUGGAUACCUGGAUGCAAUUGAAAAGGCAGUGUCUUCUGGCGAUGCAGUGCUCAUUGAGGAUAUUGCUGAAAGCAUUGAUCCAGUUCUCAAUCCUCUUCUUGGUCGCGAAACAAUUAAAAAGGGCCGCUAUGUUAAGAUGGGUGACAAGGAAGUCGAAUACGACUCCCGCUUUAAACUCAUUCUUCAAACUCGCCUUGCCAACCCUCACUAUCCACCUGAAGUUCAAGCACAAACUACUUUAAUCAACUUUACUGUUACACUUGCCGGUUUGGAAGAUCAACUGCUUGCUGAUGUAGUGAAUAUUGAACGUCCUGAUUUGGAAAAAACAAAGGCAGAUUUGACCAAACAGCAAAACGAGUUUAAAAUCAAGUUGACUGAGCUUGAAGAUGCUCUUCUUUCGCGUUUGUCGGCUGCACAAGGAAAUUUCCUUGGAGAUACUGCUCUUGUUGAAAAUCUUGAAACCACAAAAAGUACUGCAACAGACAUUGAGCAAAAAGUCGAAGAGGCCAAGCGCACUGAGAAAAAGAUCAACGAAACACGAGAACUAUAUCGCCCAGUUGCGGCUCGAUCUUCCCUUCUUUACUUUUUGCUCAACGACCUGUGGCAAAUUCAUCCCAUGUAUCAGUACUCUCUUAAUGCAUACAAAGUAGUGUUUAAAAAUGCCAUUAACCGCGCCGACUCCAGCGAGGAUAUCAAAGAACGGGUGUUACUUUUAAUUGAUUCGAUUACCUAUAUGGUGUUUGUUUAUACCACUCGUGGUCUAUUUGAGCGCGACAAGCUGAUUUUCACAGCGCAGAUGACGUUCCAGAUUUUGAUUGCACAAGGAGAUAUUGACUACCAAGAGCUCGACUUUUUACUUCGAGCCCCACGUGUUCUUGGUGUGAACAGUACCUUGGAAUGGCUUACUACACCUGCAUGGGGAAUGGUCAAAGCUCUGUCUAAUUUGGAAGUAUUUAGAACGCUUUCUUCCGAUAUUGAAGGUUCCUCAAAGCAGUGGAAAAAAUAUUGUGAAAACGAGUGUCCCGAGAAUGAAAAACUACCUCAGGAAUGGAAAAACAAAACCCCGCUUGAAAAAAUGUGUAUUUUACGAUGCUUGCGUCCUGACCGCAUGACUUAUGCAGUUCGUAAUUUUGUUGGUAUAAAGAUGGGCCAGCGAUUUAUUGAAGCAGCACGAGUUCCUCUUGCCAAAUCAUUUGAGGAAUCUGCACCAGCAACUCCUAUUUUCUUUAUUCUUUCUCCAGGUGUUGAUCCUGUCAAAGAAGUUGAAGCGCUUGGCCGCCAACUCGGCAUCUCUGAAGAUCUUGGAAACUUCCACAACGUGUCGCUUGGUCAAGGCCAGGAGGUUAUUGCAGAACAGAAACUGGAUAUUGCUUACAAAAAUGGUGGUUGGGUCAUGUUGGAAAACAUACAUUUGGUUUCUAAAUGGCUUCAUACUUUGGAAAAGAAGCUUGAGGCACUUUCCAUUGGAGCGAAUCCACAAUUCCGUGUAUUUUUAUCUGCAGAACCUGCUGGUGAUCCAGCAUACCACAUCAUACCUAUUUCUAUUCUACAGGCGUCAAUCAAGAUCACCAACGAGCCUCCAACUGGAAUGCAGGCCAAUAUUCACAGAGCACUUGACAACUUUUCACAAGAGACUCUAGAAAAAUGUUCCAAGGAUGCCGAGUUUAAAGCAGUUCUUUUUGCACUUUGCUACUUCCAUGCCGUGGUUCUUGAGCGUCGCAAGUUUGGUACUCAAGGCUGGAACAAACCAUACCCUUUUAGUACCGGCGAUUUGAUGAUUUCUGUUGAUGUGCUGUUUAACUACCUCGAGACAUUUGCCAAAGUUCCAUGGACUGAUUUACGGUAUAUUUUUGGUGAGAUUAUGUACGGUGGACAUAUUUCAGAUGAUUGGGAUCGUAGGCUGUGUUCUGCGUAUCUAGAUGUAUAUCUUCGCGAAGAAAUGCUUGAUGGAAACUUUGAGCUUGCACCAGGAUUCAACAGUCCACCCACGUCCGACUACAAGGAGUAUCACCGAUACAUUGACGACAGUCUACCAGCAGAGUCGCCUUACCUGUACGGUUUGCAUCCCAAUGCAGAAAUUGGUGUGCUGACCAAGAUGGCAGAUAAACUAUUUAAAACCAUUUUGGAAAUGCAACCUCGUGAUGCUGCAGGUGGUGCAGCUUCGUCCAAAGAAGAAAAGGUCAAGAUUGUUCUUGAAGAAAUCAUGGAAAAACUACCAGACAGCUUUAAUGUGGCUGAGCUUAUUGCUCGAGUUGAAGAAAGAACCCCUUAUAUAUCUGUUGCUAUUCAAGAAUGCGAUCGCAUGAGCAUGUUAACGACUGAAAUCAGAAGAUCUCUCAAAGAACUUGAAUUAGGUCUCAAAGGUGAUUUGACUAUUUCUGAAAACAUGGAGCUGCUCAUGAAUUCACUGUAUCUCAACGAAGUGCCAGCUCGUUGGGAAAAGCUUGCGUAUCCAUCGCUUCAGCCUCUUGGAGCGUGGUAUGGUGACCUGCUAUUGAGAAUCAAGGAGCUAGAGGCAUGGGUAGCAGAAUUUAACUUGCCCGCGGUAGUUUGGCUGCCCGGUCUGUUUAAUCCCCAAUCCUUUUUGACGGCUAUUAUGCAAACAACAGCUCGUAAGAAUGAAUGGCCACUGGAUCGUAUGGUACUGACUGUAGAUGUCACUAAAAAAGCAAAAGAAGAGUUUUCAGGUGCUCCUCGUGAAGGAGCCUAUGUUCAUGGUUUGUUUAUGGAAGGAGCGCGCUGGGAUAUGGGUACUGGUAUGAUACAAGAAUCGCUUCUCAAGGAACUUACUCCAUCUAUGCCUGUCAUUUACAUCAAGGCGAUCCCAGUUGACAAAAAAGAAACAAAGGGAGUGUACGAAUGCCCAGUUUACAGAACAAGGCAGCGUGGACCUACUUUUGUAUGGACAUUUAAUCUUAAAACCAAAGAACGCCAACAAAAAUGGAUUCUUGCAGGCGUAUGUCUACUUUGUUCUGCAGAAUAA